GUUUUCCUGAGCAACAUUUUGUUCAUUCAUUUAAGUACAAUAUCCCAUUGAAAAUGAUUAACUUUGAAAUAAUUUGAUUUUUUUCCCCACGAAUUCACGACAUCUCCCGCCAGACAGGCUAAGACUACUAUUCAAGAUGGGGUUCAAGGUCUACAGCCACCCCGCCGAAUCUCCCCUUCUACAAAGCACACUCAAAAAAGCUCUACCAUACAGCGUCGACCUCGUCUACAGGACGAAGCACGAGAACCGCACGCCAGACGCUCACAUACUGGCCACAUUCGCUCACGAUGGCCCCGUGCCGCCGUGCUGGGCGGUCGCAUAUCUGGACCGCUCUAUGCGCCCUGAAACCGAGCUUUGGAUGUUUUCUAGCGGGGAGAUGCCAGAUCACAAUUCGACGGCUGAGAACGGGGUGGAAAAAGAUGAAUUGUGCAAGACGUGUAAGCAGGCGGUGUUGUCGCUAUUCGAUCACAUGUCCACGCUGCCUGAACCACCACUUCACCCGGAGAACUUGCCGGCGCUCGAGCUGGCUAAACAGCAUGAGAAGGAGCAUCCGGAGUCAGGGCCUGGUGUAAGGUACACGCCUUCUCCUGGCAUGUAUAUGCGACAUCUGCUCAUGGGUCCCGUCGUCACGCUCGGUGCAUGCCACAAGAAAGUGGUGCGGUUAUGCCACGAGUACGGAUUGGUGAGGCCAGAGUUCCCGGGUAAAGACGCAGAAUUGAAUAAGUUCAUUUUCAACAUUGGCGAUUUGCCGCAGAUGAGAGAUCUACCUAAGGGUUUGAGGUGGGGAGAGAUAAGGGAGAAGGAUAUACCAACUGUGCAGUCGCGGACGAGUAUACCUCGCACAACGCGGACACUGCUCUCGUUAAAGAGCGUGGGGGUGUUUGUGGAGGAGACAGAUCUCCCUGUUGCAUGGACGUUCUUGGGCUUGGAUGGUUCACUGACGACACUUCACACUGAGCCUGAGUAUAGGGGAAUGGGACUUGCGAAGGCAGUGGCUGCUAAGAUCAUCCGCGAGUAUGCGCCAGAGUUGGCGGUUGAUGAGCAGGGCAAGGCAUGGUCACAUGCAGAUGUCUAUAUUGGGAAUGUGCAGAGUGAGGCAGUUUGCAAGAGUCUUGGGGGUCGAGCAGCCUGGAACAUGUUCUGGAUCAGGAUUGACUUUGCAAAGGCAGGAAAUUUAGCGAUAGAUGGACCGCAAUAAAGAUACUAGAGAAAGCAAUUAGCUCGCUAUCCAUAAGAAGAUUUUGUAGACAAGGCAGUAAAUCUCGAUAGUGCUCAUACAAAGGUUAAAGUUGUUGCGUGGGUUGUCCUCAUUGAAGGACUCAGUGUUAAAAACGAAUAAUCAUAGCGAAUGAGAUCAA